AUGGCGUCUGCCGAUCUGAGUUCCGAGCUGCGCUGCUCCGUCUGCAUAGACAUUUAUGAUGACCCGGCGACCCUGCCAUGCGGGCACAGCUUCUGCCGCAACUGUAUCACGCAGGCGUGGGACCACCAGGGAAAGGGAGACUCCAAGUGCCCGGAAUGUAAGCAGAUUUAUAAGAAGAGGCCGGAACUGAAGACCAACCUGAGGCUCCUUAACAUAGCCAAAGCUUUUCUCCAGACGCUGUCGGCGCCGGAGGGGAGCGGGAUCUACUGCACCUACUGCGACUCUCCCGUCCCUGCUGCCAAGUCCUGCGUGCAGUGCGAGACCGCCAUGUGUGACGACCACCUGAGGAAACACAACAGGGCCGUACAACACGCUUUGAUCCCACCAACCGGGUCUGUAAGAGACAGGAAAUGUUCCGUCCACCAGGAGAUCCUGGACCAUUACUGCGCCCAGGACGCGGCCUGCAUCUGUGCGUCCUGCAGGCUGGAUGGAGAACACGGAGGACACCAGGUGGAGACCCUGGACGAAGCUUCUGAGAAGAAGAAGGAGAAACUCCGCCAUGUUCUGGAGACGAUGACCGCGAGGAGAGAGGAGGCCGAGGAGAAGGUCCGGAGUCUCCGGGAACACGGGAGAGAGGCGCAGGAACGAGCGGCCGAGGCCACGGAGAGAGUCGCCGCCAUGUUCAGAGACAUCAGGAGGCAACUGGAAGAUCUGGAGAAGAAAGUCCGGAGUGAGAUCUCCGGCGAUGAAGAGAAGAUCUCCCGCUCCGUCUCCAAGAUGAUCCGGCAACUGGAAACAAAGACCGCCGAGCUGUCCAGGAAGAUGCGGCACGUGGAGGAGAUGGUGAACGCUGCGGACCCCCUGAUUGUCUUACAAGAUCACAACUCCGACAGAGGAGACUUUUCUCAGGACAGAGAUGAUACAAAGAUGGAAGCUGUAGGUCACAUGACCUUCUCGGACACAUUGCAUUCGGGUCUUUCAGAUUUAUUGAGAUGUGCCAAUAUUUUGUUCUACACUCAGGACCCCUCGGACCUCACGCUGGACCAGAACACAGCCGCCAACAACCUCAAAGUGUUACCUACCUUAAGAACGGUGCGAUGGUCACAUGUGGACCAAAACCAUCCCCCCACCCCGGAAAGAUUCGAGAAGUAUCAGGUGAUAAGUGGGAGGAGCUUCUCCUCGGGGCGCCAUUACUGGGAUGUGGAGACCAGUAGGUCGGGAGGUUGGGGGAUUGGGGUGUGUUACCCCAGUGUGGAGCGGAGAGGAGACCAGUCCAUCCUCGGGGAGAAUGGCGGCUCGUGGUGUUUGCGCAGGUUGUGCUUGUGGAGGUGGUAUCAGCAGUAUUCCGCCCGGCAUGACGGUCACAUGACCCAGCUCCCCCACCAUGUCGCCAGCGAUAAGUUCCGGAUCUUUCUGGAUUACGAGGCCGGCCAGGUCUCCUUCUACGAGCUGGGUGACCCCGUCCGCCACCUCCACACCUUCACCGCCAAAUUCACCGAGCCCCUCCGCGCCGCCUUCUACGUAUGGGGGGACUGGUGGUACAAAGACAGCUGGGUGAGGAUCAAGAGCCACGCCCAAUCCCUGAGCUGGGAUCCUGAUUGGGUGAAUAGCCGUUCAAUAGGUUCCACCAACAGCGAGUGA